AUGGCAGACUUCGGUCCCACGGGGAUCGGCUCGACCAACAUCGGUCCGUACCCUUUUGCGUUUUCUACUGGCCGGCACACGUCCGAGCCGUUCGCUGGCCAGCUUCGACGGCGCCAUCGCACGGAGGUUCCACACGAUUUUUAUACCGGGCGCAGAAUCGGGGCGUUCAAUGCGCGACGAUACCGCACCGAGCCGUGGCACGCCGACACCACGCCCCCGAGCAGGCCAGCCAUCACCCCCAACUUUCCUGCACAUCGCAGCACAAGCACCGUUAUCCGAGGCGCACAGCCUGUUCGAAGAAGAAUUGGAACUCAUCAUCUGGAUGACAGACCUGAGACAAAUUUACUUGGUCCAACUCUGUUUCGUGAACGACUUUUCACCGAUACCACAGAGGAAUCUUACCCGACCCUUACCAAUGGCCUUCGUAAUCGACGGUUGUACUACUCCGAACCCUCUCCUCGCGACCGUACUCACCGCAACGGGCCAAUAACCACUGGUUUCCGACGUCCAUACCACUCCGAAGAACUACCAUGCCAAUGCGCCCCUCUCAUUGACCAUGAUCCAAGCGACACAUCUUCGGCCGGAAUCCCGAUAUCCUGCUCGUUCUGCGGCGCCCCUUUCAGUCCCGUCACCUCGUUGGGGCCACCCGGCUUCUGCAACACUUGCGCAUUCCCAUCGCCACCGACCCGCCCACCUAAAGGCGCGAAGAUUGCACGAAUGCUUCCGGAACGGUUACGCGCGUGGCAGCAACUCAUCCUGAUAUUCAUAUGGUGCCUGUUAAUGUGCACGAUGGAGUGGGUGACCAGAAAAGACGGGCAGCCCGGAACGCCACCUGUGCUGGUUUCCCUGUCUCCGCGGACCCGGGCGAUGGGCUUCACCCUGGUGUCUCUCAUGAUCCUCAAGAGCUACGAUAUCAUCGUCGAGACACCACCGGCUGUCACCCUGCGCCAGUACACGUUGGGAGCGAUGGUCAUCUCCCGCACGGUUCGGACGCUGCUGAUCGGGAUACAGAUCCUGUACGUCGCAUUCUUCACGUACAUGGUGAUCUGGCUGGUGGAGGUCCGACGGGAGAAGGGCACGUUUGCAGAGGUGGUGUCGACGUUCAUGCUGCAGGUGGUCUUGGAUUUCGAGCCGCGGCGCGUGGUCGAUCUGUACCUGUACGUCAUCUUGGGCGUGCUGAACGCGCUCGUCACCAACUCGUUCUUUGCUCUUGUCAUGGCGGUGGUGAUGGCGUGGGAUGCCACGCCUCGUUGGGUGGGUGGGAGCGUCCUCGUGCUUUUACGGCGACGGGUUGGGUUUCGGAUCGUGGCGAUUGCGCAUUCCGUGGCGGGGUGGGUGUGGUUCCUUCUCAUGUAUGUCCUCUUCACCAUGUUGAUCAUUUUGGAUGUUCUGAGCCUGGGGGUGGAGUUUUGGCACCUUCGGUACGAUUGGUAUCAGCAUGUAACACCAUGGGGUAUUGCGGGUGGGACGGAAAUAGACCCGAUAAUCCCCGCCGCACCAGCGAUGGUGAUGGUUUAA